AUGUCAGCAGUUACAGUUGCCGAAAAUCUGAUAUCCUACGAUAAUCCUUGCGCACCGCUGGCGAAGUUUUCAACAGACGAAGGAAACGAUUUUAUUGAAGUGUCAGAUGAUGAAUUGGAACAUGAUAAAACACAACAAUCCUUUGGUAAAUUAUUUACUAUCUAUUUGACUGGUACAGCAAUGGCUUAUAUUUUAGGAGAACAUUUGUUCAAAUCAUUAUCACUGGAAGAUCUCGUUAAAUCAUUCGAUGAUACAAUCAAUUGUUGUUUUCCAGGUGAAUUGGAUGAAAAUAAUAUCUCUUAUCAUAAAAUAAUCGAUGAUAUAGAUAUCAAACCACUCAAGCAAGAUCUUACUGCUACACCAAGUAUGUGGUCAGAAUUAAUUGAAAGUUUACGUCAUUCUUUAUUGAGCGAUUUAAAACUGCCACAUAUAGCAAAAAACUGUCAAUCAGCAAUGAAUACAAUAAACCAAUUUACACUUGAGAAAGAAAUACAUAGUAUCGAUGAUGUUGAAGAAGAUGAAUUACGAGAACAACUUGAUAUGCAUUCAGUUAUUGUCUCAAAUAUUAAUAAUUUUGAACCAUUUCUAACUGCUGAACAGGUUAUUAGUGAAAUUGAUUUUAUAUUACAGGAAAGUUGCACGGAUAUGACGCCUGAUUCCGGCUUUUCUGAUGACAAUAGUGAUAUGUUGGACUUACGUACACGUGUUCAUCAUUUACCGAGUUUAAAAAUAUUUAAAAUGUCUUGUCUUUUAUAUUUAGAUUUAAAAACUCAGUCUAUUUUUUCACUCAAUGAAAUAUAUGAAGAACUCGAAGCAUCUGUUAAAGAACUAUCUGAAACACUUGUUCAACAAUUAGCUUAUCGAGAUGAAUUAGAAUUUGAGAAAGAGACAAAAAAUACAUUUAUUUCACUUAUACUCAGUAUUCAGAAUAAACGACGACAACAUCAAGUAGAUAAAAGGCAUAAACGACGUUCUGUAGGAGAAAAGGCUGAAUUUGGAAUGUAUCUGACAACUGUAAUUCCAUUUGAUCGUGAUCAAACAUCGCUCUCUGUCGAACAUCUACAAAGUAUAAACAAAAUUUUAUAUGCAAUCAAUGACGACAGUCCACAAGUUCCCGAAUUACUAACAAAUUAUAUUUUAAAAGUUUUUUGUCCAUACUAA